AUGUUGAACCAGCUUCAGGGCCGAGUCCCUCGCCGCUACAUCGCCCUCGUGGCCUUUGCCACCUUUGUCGCCUUCUUCCUCUGGAGCGGCUAUGACUUCGUCCCUCGAUCAGCCACCGUCGGCAGGUUCAAGUACGUGCCCAGCAGCUAUGACUGGAGCAAGGCCAAAGUCUACUACCCCGUCAAGGAUAUGAAGAUGCUCCCCCAGGGCACGCCUGUGACUUUUCCCCGGAUGCAGCACAGGAACCAGUCGGAACCUCAGGACGACACUACCAAGGCCCGGAAGCAGGCUGUCAAGGAUGCCUUCGUCAAGAGCUGGGAGGCGUACAAGACAUAUGCGUGGACCAAGGACCAGCUGCAGCCGCUCUCACGCACUGGCAAGGAAACCUUCAGCGGGUGGUCGGCACAGCUGGUGGAUGCCUUGGAUAGUCUGUGGAUCAUGGAUCUCAAGGACGACUUCUUCCUCGCGGUCAAAGAAGUGGCGCUUAUUGACUGGUCCAAGACCAAGGACAAUGGUGUUGUCAACCUAUUCGAGGUGACGAUUCGAUAUCUCGGCGGUCUGAUUGCCGCGUACGAUCUUUCGCAGGAGCCGGUCUUGCGCGCAAAGGCUAUCGAGCUUGGCGAUACCCUCUACGCUACGUUUGACACACCGAAUCGCCUGCCGUCUCACUGGCUCGACUACAACAAGGCGAAGAAGGGCACCCAAAAGGCCGAUGACAGCAUGUCGGGAGCUGCUGGUGGCACCCUUUGUAUGGAGUUUACUCGCCUGUCGCAAAUCACGGGCGACCCCAAGUAUUACGAUGCCACGGAGCGCAUCAAACAGUUCUUUUAUCGCUUCCAAAACGAAACCUCGCUCCCCGGCAUGUGGCCAGUCUUCAUGAACUACCGCGAUGAGACCAUGAUUGAGAGUCGAUACUCCAUGGGAGGCAGCGCAGACUCCCUGUACGAGUACCUGGUCAAGAUGCCCGCGCUUCUCGGUGGACUGGACCCCCAGUACCCAGAAAUGGCCAUCAGGGCGCUCGAUACCGCCAGGGACAACCUGCUAUUUCGUCCCAUGACUCCAAAGGACGACAACAUCCUGGCCAUUGGAAAUGCAGUGGUUGACCACGGCAAUGUCCAGCGAGUUGCCGAGAUGCAACACCUCACGUGCUUCGCCGGCGGCAUGUACGCGAUGGCUGGCAGGCUAUUCAAGCGAGACGACUAUGUCGACCUGGGCGCACGCAUCUCAUCGGGCUGCGUAUGGGCAUAUGACUCUUUCGCCUCUGGCAUCAUGCCCGAGUCGGCGGAUGUGAUAGCUUGCCCGGAGCUCGACGGACCAUGCCCUUACGAUGAGGCCAGAGCGCCCAUUGAUCCUCAAGGCAGGAAACCCCAAGGUUUCGUCAACGUCAAGAGCAGGCACUAUCUCUUGCGGCCAGAAGCCAUUGAGAGCGUGUUUUACAUGUGGCGCAUCACGGGCGACCAGGUCUGGAGGGAGACGGCCUGGAGGAUGUGGGAGAACAUAGCCCGCGAGACGGAGACGGAGGAAGCCUUUGCCAUUGUGGAGGACGUCACCACAUUUUGGCUGGCUGAGACGCUCAAGUACUUCUACCUGAUUUUCGACGACGAAAGUGCCAUUGACCUAGACAAGUGGGUUUUCAACACGGAAGCGCAUCCGUUCAAGCGGCCAGCUGUGUAA